CCCGUUGGCUGGGGGCCGGCCCUCAGCCCUGGAAGCCCCUUUUCCCCGAAGGCCCGGGAACCCAGGGGCCGACAUGGGUCUUCCCCUCGCCGUCAGCUGAGCCGGGACACUGGCUGCCUGCUCGGAGACCAUGGAGAGGGGCGGCCGCCCGCAGAACGCUUCGCCGGUGAGGGCAACCCCGGCCCGGCCGUACCCUUCCAGGUCAUCGUCGGACGGGUCAUCUUCUGCCAGGUCGGCGUCCGUGACGUCCUCCCCAACGAGAGUGCACCUCGUUAGAGCAACACCAGUGGGGGCUGCACCUGUCCGGGCGUCUCCUGCCAGUUCAGCGCCAGCCACCAGGGAGGGCCCAGGUACCAGUGGGCCCAAGUUCUCCUGGCAGGAGGGCCAGAAGCGGCUGCCGCUCAUCGGGUGCAUCCUCCUCCUCAUCGCCCUCGUGGUCUCGCUCAUCGUUCUCUUCCACUUCUGGCGGGGCCACACGGGGAUCAAGUACAAGGAGCCGGUGGAGAGCUGCCCCAGCCACACCGUUCGCUGUGAUGGGGUGGUGGACUGCAAGCUGCAGAGUGACGAGCUGGGCUGUGUGAGGUUUGACUGGGACUCAUCUUUGCUGAAAGUCUACUCUGGCCCCUCCCACCAGUGGCUGCCCGUCUGCAGCCACAGCUGGAACGACUCCUUCUCCGAAAAGACCUGUCGGCAGCUGGGUUUCAAGAGUGCUUACCGGACCACCGAGGUGGCCCUCAGGGACGUUACCAGCAGCUUCUCUGUUUCUGAAUACAACUCCACCAUCCAGGAAAGCCUGCACCGGUCCGAAUGCCCUUCCCAGCAGUACGUCUCUCUCCAGUGUUCCCACUGUGGACUGCGAGCCAUGACCGGGCGGAUCGUGGGAGGGGCGCUGGCCCCCGAGAGCAAGUGGCCUUGGCAAGUCAGUCUGCACUACGGCACCACGCACAUUUGUGGGGGCACGCUCAUCGACGCCCAGUGGGUGCUCACCGCGGCCCACUGCUUCUUCGUAACCCGGGAGAAGAUCCUGGAGGGCUGGAAGGUGUACGCAGGCACUAACAACCUGCACCAGCUGCCCGAGGCGGCCUCCAUCUCCCAGAUCAUCAUCAACGGCAACUACACCGACGAGCAGGACGACUACGACAUCGCCCUCAUGCGGCUCUCCAAGCCCUUGACCCUGUCGGCUCACGUCCACCCUGCCUGCCUCCCCAUGCACGGACAGACCUUCAGCCUCAAUGAGACCUGCUGGAUCACAGGCUUUGGCAAGACCAAGGAGACAGACGAGAAGACAUCCCCGUUCCUCCGGGAGGUGCAGGUCAACCUCAUCGACUUCAGGAAGUGCAAUGACUACCUGGUCUACGACAGCUACCUCACCCCAAGGAUGAUGUGCGCUGGGGACCUGCGUGGGGGCAGAGACUCCUGCCAGGGAGACAGCGGGGGGCCUCUUGUCUGCCAGCAAAACAACCGCUGGUACCUGGCAGGUGUCACCAGUUGGGGCACAGGCUGUGGCCAGAGAAACAAGCCCGGUGUGUACACCAAAGUGACAGAAGUCCUCUCCUGGAUUUACAGCAAGAUGGAGAGUGAGACGCGCUUCCGGAAAUCCUAACCAGUGUCCUGCCCGCCACCCCCCUACUCACAGCACUGGCUGCUGGGAAGACUCCGGCCCAAGGGCCCUGGCCAUUUGCAACGUCUUCUGGACACCUGUGUUACUCCCCCCUCCACCAUGUGCUGCUGUGUGUGAGUGUGAGCAAGUCUGAGUGCGAGUGUGUGCACAUGUGUGUGUUGCUGCUCUUCCAAGUUCUACAGGAACCGGGAGAGCUGUUGCUCCCCCCAGAAUCCCAGGCAUUUUCUGCAGAUGAGGGUCUGGGUACCAUGAUGUUCCCACAGAAGUGUCCACAGACAAACAGAGGAGAGUCCAGAGAAGGGCCGGAAGGUGACAUCGGCAGUUCCUGCUCCUCUGACCCUGACUAAGGGGCCAGCCCAGAGUGGGCAUCACCCCUGCAGCGCUGGUGACACUGUUGCUGUCCCAGAACAGAUGAGGGGCUUUGUUGGAGCGCUGGCUUCAUGGUGCCUGGACUGUGCUUAGCAGGAGGCCCUCAGUGUUGUGAGCACAGCGCCCCCGCCCAGCCGUGGUCCAGAGCCAGGCAGCGCUGUGGCCCACCACGCUGUCAACCGUGAACAGGGUCCAUGGUACCUGUUUGGUCACAAACUGCUGGCACAGGGUUUAUUUUAUUUUUAUAUUUAAGAAAUGCAAACAUGUAUUUUUGAAGCGUCUCCAAAAUCAGUCGCCCCAAGAACUCUAUGGGACUCAUACGACUUGUGCCCUUCCGCAGCCCUACAAAAUGUUGCUGGCUUCGAGGAGCGGGCUGAAGGGACUAGAGGAGUCCCCCUGCUGGAGAGCCAAAGUCGGCCUCUGUGAGACACUCGGGGAAGCAAACCCGCGUCUGGGCGGCCGGCAGACCCAGCCCAGGGAGAGCGGCUCUUCUGCAUGCCAGGGCUGCAGGCUGCUCCUGUGCAGGCCCCCAGGAGCCCCGGGAAGUCCAGGUGGACAGCUCCCUCGUGCCCGGGGCCAUCCUGGGACAUGGGGGUCUCUCUCAGCUUUCUCCGUCUUACGCUUUCUUAGCUAUUCCAGAAACAUGGCCCUGCCAUGGCCCCUGCCGUGGAGAGAAAGCUGAGCACUGAGGCUCAGAGUCAGCGCUCCUCCCGCCAGCCAUCAGCGUGGCUGGCCUCCUCGCCAUGGAGGGUGGGCACCUUCCUGGCCUUUUGUCCGGGGGUGCCCAUACCUCCCUAGCCCCACUCUACUCCCUCUCUGUGGGUGUCUAGGCCCAGGCACUGCCUCAGAUGGGGCCAGGGACAUUGACAAUUGUCACCAAGGCCAGGGAGGGGGCAACACUCAUGUCGCGACAGUCCCCCAACAAUGGUCUUCUGCAAUAAAAUUGUGGGACCUGAAGAACCUGUGGUCGGGUGUUUUACUGGUGCCUUUGGUGGGACGUAGAGCUUUCCUGCCACCAGCCCAGGCUCUGAGUUGGGGUGUGUUCUCUGCAUCAUUUGUUCUCCAGCCACAUCAGGGCCCUCUCUAGGCCGGGUACUCGCGCUAGGUUCCGGGGGCACAUAGAGCACAAUGGUGUCCUCAAGGAACUGGCUCAUGACCAAGAGUGAUGGAAGCUGAUUCAGUGUGGAUGCUCUGAGUGGAACCUGGAACAAAGCAGCCACGCCUAGAGAGGCCACGGAAGGCUUCGCAGCGGAGGCGAGGUUUGAAAUGAGACUUAUGUGAGCCUUCGCAAAGCACAGGGCGGGCCUGGCAGGCCGCUCCUUCCUCUCUCCCACCUCUGCCUUUGCUGGCUCAGCAAGAGGCCUGUCUACAAGGAAGCCCCAGUGCUGCACAGCUGUUUCCAAGGGAGUGGGUGGGCGGAGCUGUUGCCCUCUUCUGAAAGAUCUCCCCCUUCUUGCUCUGCACUUGCUGUCCUUGACCCCGGCUGUAUGAUCCACCAGUGAAUGUCCAGCUCUCAGCAGCGCCAGCACUCACACUUACGCCUCCAGCUGCAAGCUUAGAAUUCUCCAGGUCUGGCCUUUGGGCACCUCGGGUUUGUUUUGGCCUCUCACAUCCAUGCCAGAGCAAAUCCUUCCUCCAAUUCUUUCCUCGGCCAGUUGCACAAGAAAGAGUAGGGGAGGUGGCUUCCCAGUUGGGGUAGCACUUACCUGCUGUCAUAGAUCCCACAAUCCCAGUAGCCUAGCCCGCUGUGGGACUAGAGUGCCGGCGUGGGCUGGUUCCUAUGCAGGAGUGAGCACUGAGCAAGCAAGACUGCCAGGCAGCUCUGCCCACGGCAGGAAGCCGGCUGCAUCGGCAGAGGCCGGGCCUGGGGCAGAGCGGCGGGACUUUGGCCACUUCUGUUGCUUUCUCCCUAGAAACCAGACCCUUCCCCUCCUCUCUUGGUCAAUGACUUGAUUGGCAGGAGUGUUUGGGUGGGAGGCAGGGAAAUAAGGUAGAGAAAAAGCAGGCGCUGGAUGGGAAGAAAACAAAACCCAACACAUUCCUUUGGCCCAGAACAUAGAGGCUACAAAAAUCAUGGGGGAGGGCGUGAGGGGGCUCUGCAGAUCAGUCCAAAAUCUGCAGAGCUGUGUGUGUGGAGAGGGGUGUGCAGUGACAUUCUCCUAUGUCCCUGGAUCCCAGCUUUGCCAGCCCUGUGGGCCACU